UCAUUAUUUAUUACGCCCACUGCUCGAUGCUAAUUGCGCCCUCCACCAUCGCCUCAUUCAUGCUCUGUCUCCAAACAAGAAUCCAACGCUUUCAUCAUAUCUAUUUACUGUACCAUUAGCCAAGGCGCACGCAAUCCAAAUCUCUCCAACGGGUGGGCCCAAGCCCAAGCCCAAGCCCAAUCUCGCCCAACUUCCAUCUUUAAAUUGCGAGGAACCCAUUGUAGAAAGACACCAAACACAUUACUCUCUCUCUCUCUCUCUCAAUAUUUGUGAUUGCAGGCAACCAGCUGGAGUGCGGAGGAAGAUGAAGAUUUCACUUGUUGCAGUGGUGUGUGCGGUGGUAGUGUUGAUGCUGAUGGGGGAAGCCCAAGUGACGCGGGCAGCGUCGUGCAACCCAGUUCAACUAAGCCCGUGCUUGGGGGCAAUCACCUCAUCAGCAAAACCCUCUGGCUUGUGCUGCGCCAGGCUGAAGGAGCAGCAACCCUGCCUGUGUGGGUACCUCAAGAACCCCAGUCUCAAGCAGUACGUCAACUCUCCCAACGCCAAAAGGGUUGCCGCCACCUGUCACGUCCCCUCGCCGUCUUGCUGAAAUCUGUUUUUAUAUAUAUAUAUUUACCGUUGCUUAAGAUUAGUGCUACUCGAUGAGUGUACCAUGUAAAUUGCUGGCAGCACUUAACUGUUGCAGCUAGCUAGCUAGCAGUCUGUUUGCCAUUCUAUUUAUGUUUACUGCUCCAGUGCUUCAAGGGGUUAUAAACUGGUGGCAAAAAAUGGAACUUGCUUUUUCCAGCUCAAAGAAAAUAAAUUAAAUAAAUUUGCGAAGACUAUCCCCUUUAAA